CUCAACAACAGCCGGCCAGCGCGCCAGGUGCGCCGCCUCGAGUUCAACCAGGCCAUGGACGACUUCAAGACCAUGUUCCCCAACAUGGAUUACGACAUCAUCGAGUGCGUGCUGCGCGCCAAUAGCGGCGCCGUGGACGCCACCAUCGACCAGCUGCUGCAGAUGAACCUGGAGGGCGGUGGCGGCAGCGGUUACGACGACAGCUCCGAUUCCGACGACAGCAUCCCGCCCGAGAUCUUGGAGAGGACUUUGGAGCCUGAUAGCUCUGAUGAAGAGCCCCCACCCGUGUACUCCCCGCCAGCCUACCACCUGCACAUGUUCGACAGGCCUUACCCUCUGGCUCCCCCAACGCCACCUCCCCGCAUUGACGUGCUGGGCUCUGGACCCCCUUCCAGCCAGAGGCGCUACCGGAACUGGAACCCACCCCUGCUGGGCAACCUCCCCGAUGACUUCCUGCGCGUCCUGCCCCAGCAGCUGGACAGCAGACAGGGUGACCCCGCGGCCUCCAAGCCCAGGAGUGGAGAGGGGGGCCUGCCCCCCACGGCCGGGCUGGGGGCCCGAGACCAGGAGAGCCGCUGGAAGCAGUACCUGGAGGACGAGAGGAUCGCCCUCUUCCUGCAGAAUGAGGAGUUCAUGAAGGAGCUGCAGCGCAACCGCGACUUCCUUCUGGCCCUGGAGAGAGAUCGACUGAAGUAUGAGUCGCAGAAACCCAAGUCUAGCAGCGCACCUGUAGGGAGCGACUUUGUCUUUUCCGCCACUGUCCCAGGAACCAGCGACACAAACCCAGCUGUGUCUGAAGAUGCCUUAUUCAGGGACAAGUUGAAACACAUGGGAAAAUCCACCCGGAGAAAGCUGUUUGAACUGGCCAGGGCCUUCUCAGAGAAAACCAAGAUGAGGAAGUCAAAGAGGAAACACUUGCUGAAGCAUCAGUCACUGGGAGCUGCAGCAUCAACAGCCAACCUCCUGGACGACGUGGAGGGCCACCCCUGUGAAGACGACUUCCGGGGCAGGCGACAGGAGGUGCCCAAGGUGGAGGAGGCCUUAAGAGAGAGACAGUAAGAGGAGCCAGCGAGGAGGACCUGAGCUCCACUGACUGCCAUCCCUUUUCCUUACCAGAUGCCAGCAAUUCUCUGCAGCCAUGUUCUGACCCAGUGGAGGCAGCCGGAAAACAAAACUGGCCCCAGCUGAAGGGCCCAGCUGCCGCCGGACAGAUGGUGCUUGAGUCUCAAGGCCCAGCGAUUCUCCGGCCACAGUCCAGCCCAGCCACUGCCACUUUCCAUGGGACUUAGACCUUCGGAGUUUCGUGCUGUGAUUGGAGGGGUGGGGGGCGGCCAGUCACAGCCCUUUGUUCAGCCAGGCUGUGCUAGGGGCAGUGAAUGAAAGCUGUCAGGCUAGAAUCUCCCUGACCAGAAGUUGGAGGCCAGCCUCCCUCCGCCAUUCCUCAUCUCCCCAGCUGGGUCACAGGCAUUGCCUGACCCCCUACUCCCCUCCCCAGCUCUCUUCUGGGCACCCCAUGUGUGCUCAUUACCCCCACGCUGCCCUGCAUCCCAGCUGGGGCCCUGAACAACCCCAGCAGAGCUCUGGGGUGGAGAGUGGGGCUGCAACCCUGCCCCUCAGAGUGAUGGAGCCCCACGGGGUGGGGUGGGCAGCUGACGGCUGCUCUGACCGGCCCUCACAGGCAUGGGGAGGGUGGCCACUCGAACCGGAGAGGGCUCUCACUAGGUAGGGGCAGUCUACUUUGGCAGAAGGCAAAAAAGCCAGAGGGACCCUGCAGUCACCCAACUCAGGGCUCUCAGGGGCUCUGACACCCCAGCUGGACCAGAAGUCCUGCUGUCCCCUCGGGGUGGGCAGUGAAGGGUCAAUGAAGUGACCCUUGAAAGAGGAAGGACCGAGGAGCAGAGCUGCCAGCCUGGGAGGGGGCAGCUGGCGGUGAGCACCCUUGUCGAGAGCAGGAAAAGUGGACUCGCUGGGAAACGCAGCCGACUUCUACCACUGCCAGCCCACGGGAAGCUGCAAGCUGCGUCUCUAUGGCCCUGCGGUCCGGUCCUGACAGGGGAGAGCUGCUUUCUCCAGAGCAUCGGGAGCCCUGGGCGGGCCCCAGGCUUCAGGGACGCGAGUGCAGAACCUGCCCGGUCAAGAGCGAGGGUUGGGAGUAGGAACUGAGCCUUGGCAGGGCCCCUUUGGCCGCAAGUCACCCGGAGAUAAUGAGGGCGUGGCAGGGGGGGGGGCCGAGGCGGAGGCGAGACCGCGAGGGCACCCUACUUCCUCUCCCCUGUGCGGUUAGAGCCGGCGGCUUCCCUCGGCAGCCGCAGCCGCUGCGGGCCGGAUGCACCGCGGAGCGUGACCGAGUUUGGAAGCGGGUGGGGCCGGCCCCCUGCUGCUCCCCGGGAUCCCUGUGCCGCCAGCCCGCCCGAUGGGUUGGUUUGUCUCGAGGCUACAGAGGGGGCUCUCGGUCAGACCCCUACUGGCGCUGGGGCUCAAGGACCCGGGGAAGCCCCAGCCCAGGUCUGUGUGUCGCUUUGUUAGUUUCCCCCCUCGAUGUGUGGGUGUGUUCUUGGAGCUGUUUCAUAGAAUUCCUGUAAUAAAGACUUGGUGUUCUC